GAGAUAGAAAGAGAGAGGGGUUUCUCAUACACAGACAUUGCAUUGCAUUGAUGUCUUGGAUGUACUCUGAUUGAGUAGCCUAGUUAAGCGUUUGGGGAAACUAUAAGAAGGCAGAAGCAAUGAAGAAACAACUACACCAAAUACCCUAAAUACACCAUCAAGGAAUAAUGUCGAUGUAUAACGGGACUGGAGAAACGGGCGGAAAGGACUACACCUAUGUACGGGUUUGUGCGUCGACCAUCGCCUUUAUAACAUUGGCAUUCUUCAACAUCGUCAUUAACUGGACUAUACUGCGCGAGGAUCGACUUCGGGGCCAUGCGCGCUUUGUGUUGGUUUUUCACCUGUUGGUGUCCGCUCUGGUGUACUUCGGAAUGUGUUCUGUUUUCUACCUCCAGAUAUACUUCGACACCAGGCCGGUGGCAUCCAUAUGUGUGGCCAUGAUAACCGUCCUAAUCACCAGCGCGUCCAAUAUCCUUCUGACUCUCACUGCUAUGUCGCUGGACCGUUAUUUUGCUGUCUGCCAUCCUCUGUGGUACAGUUCUGUCUGGCAAUGGCCUUGGCUAGUUGGGCUACUGACAUGGGGACUCGCACUGGUUAUCCCCCUCACUCUGCUCUCCAAGACAGAGAUGCUCGGCAGUGAUACAAAUGUGGAAUGUGGAAGGGAACAGCUGAAGAAAGGUGGCCUGGAAAAAAUAUUGUUGAUAUCUGUGUGCACGGCGCUCAUUCUGUACAGUUAUGUAAGGAUACUGUUUGAGGGGCGACGGUUGGGAGUGAUGAAUCGACGCAACAUGGUCGGAUGCAAGACCCUCGCCCUGCACGGUACUCAACUCGCCGUAUACAUCCUCCCCAACUUCAUGAACUUUGUGCUAACAGUUCUCCAGAAACAAGGACACAUUCAGCCGGGGACCAAAGAACUGUCUGCGGUGGUUAGUUUCGCCUUCUUCAGCUUGGCGCAGUGCGUCGCACCAAUCGUCUACGGGUUGCGUAAAGAGGAACUCUUGGAGCAGGUGCAUCGCCGAUUCCCUUGUUGUUCCCGCCACCUGAAAACCGUCCUGGGCCCGGUUUCCCAAAAUCAUCUUAAGGCUAAUUUUAUAUUAGAGCCCAAAAGCAUAGGUUCUAACAAUGACUUUAGCCUUAAGAUGCUUUUGAGAAACCAGGCCCUGGAGUGGACCUGGCGUGCCAUAACGCCUUGUCUGCAUUCCCAGUCAAGUGAAAGAAGACUGACGUUCCAGACACUCAUCUCACUGGAGCCCCCACAGACCCCAGUUUGAGGUGACGCCGGGAGCUUAGAAGCCACCGUUCCAGACACUCAUCUCACUGGAGCCCCCACAGACCCCAGUUUGAGGGGACGCCGGGAGCUAAGAAGCCACCGUUCCAGACACUCAUCUCACUGGAGCCCCCACAGACCCCAGUUUGAGGGGACGCCGGGAGCUAAGAAGCCACCGUUCCAGACACUCAUCUCACUGGAGCCCCCACAGACCCCAGUUUGAGGGGACGCCGGGAGCUAAGAAGCCACCGUUCCAGACACUCAUCUCACUGGAGCCCCCACAGACCCCAGUUUGAGGGGACGCCGGGAGCUAAGAAGCCACCGUUCCAGACACUCAUCUCACUGGAGCCCCCACAGACCCCAGUUUGAGGGGACGCUGGGAGCUAAGAAGCCACCGUUCCAGACACUCAUCUCACUGGAGCCCCCACAGACCCCAGUUUGAGGGGACGCUGGGAGCUUAGAAGCCACCGUUCCAGACACUCAUCUCACUGGAGCCCCCCCAGACCCCAGUUUGAGGGGACGCUGGGAGCUUAGAAGCCACCGUUCCAGACACUCAUCUCACUGGAGCCCCCCCAGACCCCAGUUUGAAGGGACGCCGGGAGCGAAGAAGCCACCGUUCCCGUAACUUCACUACCCACGAGUACUUCUCCUGUGCUCCAUAGACUGGGCUGAAGACGUUUUGUACCAGACUGAUACUGCCUUUCAGAUGUCAUUGAGACAACGGUGGAUGGGGGGACACAGCAACCAGACGAAAGGUGUCGCUCUCACUAUAAACAUUUGAGACGAGUCUCCAUUCUUUUUUGCCGAUGAACAUUCAUACAGUACUUGGUUAUCCAGCAUCUGUACAAAGCUGUGAAAGUGCUUCUGUUCUACCCAGGAUGUCGUGACUUUAUAGGCUUGGGGCAUCACUAUGGACAGACCAGCCUCAGACGACCUGUAAUGCAUUAAAUUAACUGCAUUAACUGUACUGUGUCAGUUACUUGAUGUGGAAUAGAGUUCCAUGUAGUCAUGGCUCCAUGUAGUACUGUGUGUCUCCCAUAGUCUGUUCUGGACUUGGGGACUGUGAAGAGACCUUUUGUGGCAUGUCUUGUGGG